GUAUCACCCCGCAUUUUUAUGCAAUACACCGCUCUUCAAAGAGGAUUAUACGGGUGCCGAGACAGCUGUACUACUUGAAAGCCCUUCUGUGUAGCAGCUAUGCAGCGCUGCCAUGGCUGGGUGGAGGUACACUCUGUCUCACUCUAUGGAACCACAUAACUAAGACAUCAUGAGCUGCCGAGAAAUGGUAGACGGAAAUAGUAAUGAGAACGAUUUGGUAGAGAACGAGAAAACUAUAAGAACCUCACGUCCAUCUAUUGAUGAUCGUCUUUCAGUCCAUCUACAAAUCACAGAAUCUCACAGCCUAAACAUUCUCAACUUUCAAUCUCCCAACUUUAAACGCCUCUUCUACCAAUAACCCCCACCACCAAACCGCCAUCAUGCAGUUCACUCAAAUCCUCGUUCUUCUCGCCGCCUCCUCGACGGCCUUUGCCGCACCUGUCGCAAGCACCAAGUCCAUGAUGGCUGCCAGCGCAGAAUGGACCAUCCAGAGCAUGAAGCGCGUCUGUGCCACCGACAACUCCUCUUGCACCUGGACCUUCGGCAUCUACGACGGCGUUGACGCAGCGACUGCAUGCACCUACGUUGUUACGGCUGAUAAUGCCUCUGAGGCUAACGGUGGUCCUUCCAACUGUGGUGUUUAUACUGUUACCUCGGGCUGGAGUGGGCAAUUUGGCGAGGGCAAUGGCUUCACUACCUUGUCUGUUGUUGACAACAACAAGCGCGAGAUCGUCUGGCCUGCUUAUACCGAUAAGCAGCUCGAGAGCGGCAAUGUGGUCACGCCUGACCAGAGCUACGCUCCUGCUGCUCUUCCUUAGAAGAUUGCUCGUGUUUACGACGCAAUGCUUGCCUCGCUUCUAGAUCAGCUCAAUACUAUACUUAAU